AUGAAGUACCUCGCAGCCUACCUCCUCCUCAACCUCGCCGGCAACGAGCAGCCCUCUGCCGAGGACAUCAAGUCCGUCCUCUCCUCCGUCGGUGUUGACGCCGAGGGUGACCGUCUUGAGAAGCUCAUCUCUGAGCUCUCUGGCAAGAACAUCCAGGAGCUGAUCUCCGAGGGUUCCGCCAAGCUCGCCUCCGUUCCCUCCGGUGGUGCUGGUGCCGCCGCUGCUGGUGGUGCUCCCGCCGCCGGUGCUGCCGCCGAGGCCGCUCCCGCCGAGGAGAAGGCCGAGGAGAAGGAGGAGUCCGACGACGACAUGGGCUUCGGUCUCUUCGACUAA